GGAGUAGGCUACUGUUGCUCUAGGGUGGCAGAGGUUAGGGAAAAAUCAGGAGAGGCUGUAGGCUACUGUUGAUGUAGGAUGGCAGAAUUUAGUGAAGAAGAGGAAGAUACUGUACGCUACUCUUGUUCUGAGAUUACGGAUGUUCCUCAAGAAGUAAAAGAGGCUGUAGCCUACUUUUGCUCUAAGGUGGUGGAGAUUAACAAGGAGCCAAAAGGGAAUGUAGGCCACCAUUAUUGCUACACUAUCCCAAAGGAUACCAAAGAAGUAGGAAAAGGUAGUUCAGACAUGCCUGAACCAUCCACAAGCAGAAGCCAAGAAAAUCCCAGGAUGAAAAGGAGAAGGAAAACUACUUGUGAAGCUGAAGAAGGUGAAACCGACGAGCUUUUGCAGCCAGCAAAGAAGAUAAUAUCAUUCAUUAAGCAGAAUUCAAAAAGGCGUAAAGCGGGGAAAAAGUCAACAGUAUUGAUUUUCUGUGACAGGAGUUAUAAAAUCAGGGAUGAAAAUCAGCCAAAUGAGGAUGAAGAGAGCCACAAGGAAUCUCCCACCUCAGGUGAUUGUGAGAGCCCAUCAGAAGACCAAGACUUGUCUCAUCUCUAGGUUAACCUCUAGAAAUGGUCUCUUGUGCAGAGAAACUACAUAUUGCACCAGGAUUCUUGGAUGUUGAUGAUUAAAAUUCAACCAAAA